AUGAGUAAUUUUCAUCAAGGUUCUGCUCCAAAGGACACUCAUCGACAGGUGCACUCAAGUAGCAACAACAACCAAGAUGAAGAUUUCAGUGAGGAGGAUUCACCAUUGAUGCAGAUGAGCGGUGAGAACCAGAUCCAGCAGCAGCAGCAGCAGCAGGUACCACAGAUAAUUAAAGGGGCUCCUUUGCCUUUAAAAGACAGUGAUACUAAGGAGAGUAGUCGAAUUUCCAGCCAUUCCCAACAACAGGCUUUGGUUAAAUCUCCACAAGGAUGUCCUCCAAAGGAUGAUUCUCUUCUGAAUCAUCAGAGGUCCUAUCCUGGUUUCCAGCAACAACAGUCUUCAACUAGGGUUUCUACUUCACAGGAACAUUCUUCAAAGGGUGAUCACCUUACAAACACUCAAAAUACCUACCAUCCGCCACAGCAGCAGUUGUUGACUGGGGCAACUUCUCUGCAAGAACAACCUCAGCCAUGUAACCAAAGUUCCAAUCCUUCCAAACAGCAGCAAUCUCCAAUUUCGGCUCCCCCUCCAAAAAACAAUCAUCCUGGAGAGAGUAAUCAAAGUUCCCAUCGAUCACACCAAGAGCCAGCUCCUGUUACAGCUCCUUCAGAAAGACAUGUUUCAGAAGAUGAUAAUACUGCAAGUCCUCAAAAUUCCAAGCAUCUCCAGCAACAGCCAUUGGAUUGCUUACAAGGUGAGCCUCCCAAGCAAGCGAAUCCUAUGACAAAACCUUCAAACACAAGCAACACACAACAGGACUCCACAAAUUGCUAUGAUCCACACAAAUCACAAUCAUCUUCAAUUAAGGAUCCUUCUGCACAAGGGCAUGCAGCUCCUCUCAAAUCAGAAGCGCAUGAGAGUGUACAUCAGAAAACUGUUACUAAGCAGAAAGAUGAAGCUUCAACUGGAAAAGUCGCUACAACAAGAGUUGAAUGGUCACCUAAAAAUCCCGGUGUAACAAGAACUCAUUCGAAAUCGACAUCUUGUUGUCCAUGUUCCAUCCUAUGA